GCACACAAUAGAGAACAGGCUUCCGGUAAUGGUAAGUUACAAUUUCUCAACCUGUUUCAGAACAUCAUUUGUCAACCUAUUUCAAAACAUCAUUUGUCAACCUGUUUCAGAACAUCAUUUGUCAACCUGUUUCAGAACAUCAUUUGUCAACCUAUUUCAGAACAUCAAUUGUCAACCUAUUUCAGAACAUAAUUUGUCAACCUAUUUCAGAACAUCAUUUGUCAACCUAUUUCAGAACAUCAUUUUGGAAACCCUUUUACAAUGACCACUUUUGUCAGAGACUACACUGAGUUGUAUUGAUAUGAAAUCCUUAUUUCUUGAUAUGAAGCAAACUUUACCCUUACAUAUAUUCCUGUCCCUUCCAGACGAAGACCUUGUCAUGGCUCUGCACGACUUUAAACCAACCACUGACAAUGACCUGCCGUUCAGAAAGGGAGAGAAACUUCAGAUCCUCCAGGAGUGAGUACAAUACAGCCUAAUUCAUGAUAAGGGCUCCCGAGUGGCGCAGCGAUCUACGGCACUGUAUCUCAGCGCUUGAGGCGUCACUACAGCCACCCUGGUUUGAUUCCGGUGUAGGCCGUCAUUGUAAAUAAGAAUUUGUUCUAAACUGACUUGCCUAGUUAAAUAAAAAAUAUAAAUAUUAGGGGAGAUGUCAUGCUAAUGUAUAGUUCUCAGACAACGGUCCUGAUAACAUAUGCUCAAUCUGAUAAGAAAGGAUAGUACCUUUGGAGGCACCGUACCUAGCUUCUGUUUGAUGUGUAACAACAUACACAAACAUACUCUGUCGUUGUUCUUUUUAUUUUUUUAUUUUUUUUAUUCCCCUUAAUUACUUUUCAACCCCGCCACCCCUUUCCCUACUUGGGGUAAACUAGUGAACAACAACGCCCAGGCCUCUACUUCCAGCUUAUACUUACUAUAUACAUUUUAUGGACACAGUCAAUUUUACAAUAAUUAUAUUUUGUUUUUGUUUUUUUCCUCCUGAACUUCUUCUACCCUCCACCUCUCCGAUCAUUUUCAUGAUGUCCAUCCGGUUUUGCUUCCGUAUGCCAUAUCUUUCCCAACGGUGCUCUUUCUCGUUGUUCUUUGAAGGAAUGGGGACUGGUGGCUUGCUAGGUCACUGGUGACGGGAGAGGAGGGGUACAUUCCAUGUACAUACGUGGUCAGAGCGGACACACUAGAAGUAGAAAAGUAAGUUAAUCUUCUCACACAUGUCAGCCAUUUUAAUUUUUGUUGAUAACUUAACAUUUCGAUGCAUGGGUUAUGAUACGGUUACAGUACGUACUUCACCUUGAAAGGAAAUGAAAACCACUUUCCUUUCCUGUAUCAGUAUGCUAAGUACGUAACACAUUAUAUGACAACUCUUCCCUGAUCUUCCAUGUAUUGUAGAUGGUUUUUCAAGGACCUGAGUCGUAGAGAGACAGAGCGUCUGCUCCUGGCUCCGGGGAAUAAAGUGGGUUCGUUUCUAGUCCGAGAGAGUGAGACCAGCAAAGGUCUGAAUCAUUACAUCCUCUCUGCCUUUUAAAGUACAAAGAUCACCAUUUCCAUAACAACACAACAUUUUCUUAUUCAAAAUAGCUCCAUCAAAUAUUUCCCUGUUGGGAUCUUUUAACACUGAAAGACUUGGAAUGGUCAAAUCAUCCAUCUUGUACGUGCAACCAUACAACUGACAUUAACAGAACCGACGUACAAACUAACUGAUAUCACAAGGACUGAAAACCCUCAGAAAGCUGUGAGCUAAAACCACACUAAUACCGUACGUAUCGUUGUCAUGUCGCCCCCAAAGGUGCAUUCUCCCUGUCCAUCAGAGACGCAGGGGCGGAGCAAGGGGACGUGGUGAAACACUACAAGAUCCGCAGCCUGGACAACGGAGGGUUCUACAUCUCCCCUUCCACCUCCUUCUCCUCCCUGCAGGAGCUGAUCAAGCAUUACACCCGUGAGUUAAAAUUGCCGUCAGGUUGUGCUUUAUUGUCUUUGUUAGAGUUAAAAUGGCCGUCAGGUUGUGCUUUAUUGUCUUUGUUAGAGUUAAAAUGGCCGUCAGGUUGUGCUUUAUUGUCUUUAUUAGAGUUAAAAUGGAUCUUAUUAACCAGCUGGCAGGAAGUCAACUCUUCAUAUAGUGGAGUAGAGUUAUCUUGAUUAAAAGCUAAGGAGGACCUCUGCCUCACGUUGUGCUUCAUUUCCUGUCGAGGUAAGCAGUGCUCUUUCCUCUGCUGCGGUGGCCCAAUAACCAAACAAGCAGGCCAGCUCUCCACCCCAGAAACAGCCCAAUAACCAAACAAGCAGGCCUGUAAGGCAGAAAGGUUCUCUCUCAUUAAAUCACAUCCAAUUAUUUUAUUUGUCACCUGCGGCGAGAAAAAAACAACAACGGUUGUAGACUUUAAAAUGAAAUGCUUACUUACGCGCCCUUUCCAAAGACGCAGAAAAUAAAAAUGUGUAACAUAAGAGGAAUAAAAUACACAAGAAUGGAGCUAUAUACAGGAAGUACCAGAUAUAUACAGGAAGUACCAGAUCACUGUGGAGCUAUAUACAGGAAGUACCAGAUAUAUACAGGAAGUACCAGAUCACUGUGGAGCUAUGUACAGGAAGUACCAGAUAUAUACAGGAAGUACCAGAUAUAUACAGGAGGUACCAGAUCACUGUGGAGCUAUAUACAGGAAGUACCAGAUAUAUACAGGAAGUACCAGAUCACUGUGGAGCUAUAUACAGGAAGUACCAGAUCAAUGUGGAGCUAUAUACAGGAAGUACCAGAUCAAUGUGGAGCUAUAUACAGGAAGUACCAGAUCAAUGUGGAGCUAUAUACAGGAAGUACCAGAUAUAUACAGGAAGUACCAGUACCAGAUCAAUGUGGAGCUAUAUACAGGGAGUACCAGUACCAGAUCAAUGUGGAGCUAUAUACAGGGAGUACCAGUACCAGAUCAAGGUGGAGCUAUAUACAGGAAGUACCGGAAUCAGAUCAAUGUGGAGCUAUAUACAGGAAGUACCGGUAUCAGAUCAAUGUGCAGAGGUACGGGUAUUUGAGGUACAGUAGUACAUGAAGGCAGGGUAAAGUGACUAGGCCAGGAUAGUAAUAAUAAGGUAUUUGAGGUAGAUAUGUACAUGAAGGCAGGGUAAAGUGACUAGGCAUCAGGAUAGAUAAUAAUAAGGUAUUUGAGGUAGAUAUGUACAUGAAGGCAGGGUAAAGUGACUAGGCAUCAGGAUAGAUAAUAAUAAGGUAUUGAGGUAGAUAUGUACAUGAAGGCAGGGUAAAGUGACUAGGCAUCAGGAUAGAUAAUAAUAAGGUAUUUGAGGUAGAUAUGUACAUGAAGGCAGGGUAAAGUGACUAGGCAUCAGGAUAGAUAUAAUAAGGUAUUUGAGGUAGAUAUGUACAUGAAGGCAGGGUAAAGUGACCAGGCAUCAGGAUAUAUAAUAAGGUAUUUGAGGUAGAUAUGUACAUGAAGGCAGGGUAAAGUGACUAGGCAUCAGGAUAGAUAAUAAUAAGGUAUUUGAGGUAGAUAUGUACAUGAAGGCAGGGUAAAGUGACUAGGCAUCAGGAUAGAUAAUAAUAAGGUAUUUGAGGUAGAUAUGUACAUGAAGGCAGGGUAAAGUGAUUAGGCAUCAGGAUAGAUAAUAAUAAUAAGGUAUUUGAGGUAGAUAUGUACAUGAAGGCAGGGUAAAGUGACUAGGCAUCAGGAUAGAUAAUAAUAAGGUAUUUGAGGUAGAUAUGUACAUGAAGGCAGGGUAAAGUGACUAGGCAUCAGGAUAGAUAAUAAUAAGGUAUUUGAGGUAGAUAUGUACAUGAAGGCAGGGUAAAGUGACUAGGCAUCAGGAUAGAUAAUAAUAAGGUAUUUGAGGUAGAUAUGUACAUGAAGGCAGGGUAAAGUGACUAGGCAUCAGGAUAGAUAAUAAUAAGGUAUUUGAGGUAGAUAUGUACAUGAAGGCAGGGUAAAGUGACUAGGCAUCAGGAUAGAUAAUAAUAAGGUAUUUGAGGUAGAUAUGUACAUGAAGGCAGGGUAAAGUGACUAGGCAUCAGGAUAGAUAAUAAUAAGGUAUUUGAGGUAGAUAUGUACAUGAAGGCAGGGUAAAGUGACUAGGCAUCAGGAUAGAUAAUAAUAAGGUAUUUGAGGUAGAUAUGUACAUGAAGGCAGGGUAAAGUGACUAGGCAUCAGGAUAGAUAAUAAUAAGGUAUUUGAGGUAGAUAUGUACAUGAAGGCAGGGUAAAGUGACUAGGCAUCAGGAUAGAUAAUAAUAAGGUAUUUGAGGUAGAUAUGUACAUGAAGGCAGGGUAAAGUGACUAGGCAACAGGAUAGAUAAUAAUAAGGUAUUUGAGGUAGAUAUGUACAUGAAGGCAGGGUAAAGUGACUAGGCAUCAGGAUAGAUAAUAAUAAGGUAUUUGAGGUAGAUAUGUACAUGAAGGCAGGGUAAAGUGACUAGGCAUCAGGAUAGAUAAUAAUAAGGUAUUUGAGGUAGAUAUGUACAUGAAGGCAGGGUAAAGUGACUAGGCAUCAGGAUAGAUAAUAAUAAUCUAUUUGAGGUAGAUAUGUACAUGAAGGCAGGGUAAAGUGACUAGGCAUCAGGAUAGAUAAUAAUAAGGUAUUUGAGGUAGAUAUGUACAUGAAGGCAGGGUAAAGUGACUAGGCAUCAGGAUAGAUAAUAAUAAGGUAUUUGAGGUAGAUAUGUACAUGAAGGCAGGGUAAAGUGACUAGGCAUCAGGAUAGAUAAUAAUAAGGUAUUUGAGGUAGAUAUGUACAUGAAGGCAGGGUAAAGUGACUAGGCAUCAGGAUAGAUAAUAAUAAGGUAUUUGAGGUAGAUAUGUACAUGAAGGCAGGGUAAAGUGACUAGGCAUCAGGAUAUAUAAUAAUAAGGGUACAAUAAAGAACAGAGUAGCAGCAGCAAUGAUGAGUGUGAAAGUGUGUGAGUGUGUGUGUGAGUGUAAUGUGUAUGUAUGUGUGUUUGUGUUGCGUCGGUCUGUGUGUGUGCAGUGCCUUCAGAAAGUAUUCACACCCCUUGACUUUUCCACAUUUUGUUCUGUUACAGCCUGAAUUUAAAACGGAUUCAAUUGAGAUGUCGUGUCACUGGCCUAAACACAAUACCCCAUAAUGGCAAAGUGGAAUUAUGUAUUUAGAAUUUUUUACAACUUAAUUUAAAAUGAAAAGCUGAAAUGUCUUGAGUCAAUAAGUAUUCAAACCCUUUGUUAGAGCAAGCCUAAAUAAGUUCAGGAGUAAACAUUUGCUGAACAAGUCCCAUAAUAAGUUUAAUGGACUCACUCUCUGUGUAAUAAUAGUGUUUAACAUGAUUUCUGAAUGACUACCUCAUCUCUGUACCCCACACAUACAAUUAUCUGAAAGGUUCCUUAGUCGAGCAGUGAUUUUCAAACACAGAUUCAUCCACAAAGACCAGGAAGGUUUUCCAAUGCCUUGCAAAGAAGGACACCUAUUGGUAGAUGGGUAAAAAAAAAAAGCAGACAUUGAAUAUCCCUUUGAGCAUGGUGAAGUUAUUAAUUACACUUUGGAUGGUGUAUCAAUACACCCAGUCACUACAAAGAUACAGGCGUCCUUCCUAACUCAGUUGCCGGAGAGGAAGGAACCUACUCAGGGAUUUCACCAUGAGGGCAAUAGUGACUUUAAAACAGUUACAGAGUUGAAUGGCUGUGAUGGGAGGAAAUUGAGGAUGGAUCAACAACAUUGUAGUUACUCCACAAUACUAACCUAAAUGACAGAGUGAAAAGAAGGAAGCCUGUACAGAAUAUAGUGCAACAAAUAUUCCAAAACAUGCAUCCUGUUUGCAAUAAGGCACUAAAGUAAUACUGCAAAAAAUGUGGCAAAAUAACUUUUUGUCUUUUUGUCCUGAAUACAAAGUGUUAUGUUUGGGGCAAAUCCAACACAACACAUCACUGAGUACCGCUAUUCUGAUAGGAGACUCUAGAAUGAUCCAUCAAAUUCUGGAGGACAUUUUUCUCUUAAUCUCAGUCUCAGCAGGAUGCCAGCCCGUCUACCACCAGCCCGUCUACCGCCAGCCCGUCUAGCGCCAGCCCGUCUACCGUCAGCCCGUCCACCGUCAGCCCGCUACCGUCAGCCCGUCCACCGUCAGCCCGUCUACCGCCAGCCCGUCUACCGUCAGCCCGUCUACCGUCAGCCCGUCUACCGUCAGCCCGUCUACCGCCAGCCCGUCCACCGUCAGCCCGCUACCGUCAGCCCGUCUACCACCAGCCCGUCUACCGUCAGCCCGUCUACCGUCAGCCCGUCUACCGUCAGCCCGUCCACCGUCAGCCCGCUACCGUCAGCCCGCUACCGUCAGCCCGUCCACCGUCAGCCCGUCUACCGUCAGCCCGUCUACCGCCAGCCCGUCCACCGUCAGCCCGCUACCACCAGCCCGUCCACCGUCAGCCCGUCUACCGCCAGCCCGUCCACCGUCAGCCCGCUACCACCAGCCCGUCCACCGUCAGCCCGUCUACCGUCAGCCCGUCUACCGUCAGCCCGUCUACCACCUGCAGCAUGUUGGUAGCUGAUGAAACAAGGGAAUAGGGUCCGGUUUGAAGAAGGGAACACUCCGGAACAGCUGAGUCGGAGUUGAAGUCGAAAAAAGUCACUAAAUAGCAAAGUCGGGUUGGAACUCGUAAGAUGUCGGCCUUCUCCAUCGGCGCCAUCUUUUUUUUUUUUUUUUAUGUCACACAUAAUGUUUCUCUCAUUAUGGGGCUCUAUCCAAUCAGAUCCGUUUUAGCCGACAUCCGCAUAGCGGUUGUUAUGACGUGUCGGAGGUGGAACUGCUUUAGAACCGUUAAAUCCACAAGUAGCUCCUGGCGUUACAUCUAAACCAGAGUUACCAUUAGAUAGUAUUUUACGAAUCCCCCAGAGGGGAAAUUUGAUUGCACCAGCCAAUUCAUACAUUGCCAAUAAAUACACCAUAAAAACGCAACAAGGAUACACAAACAUCAUCAAUUAAUAUAUAAAAAAAACUAAGUGUUGGUGUUAAAAAAAAAGCCUCAUAGCAUAUGAUAAAAAGGAUCUGCGGAAACGUCCUGUUUUGGACCUUGUAAACAUGCAGCCUUGUUUCCAAGUUCCAACACUUGGAUGUGAGAUGUAAUCUACACCUCCAUUAUGAUGAUAGAAAUCCUCUUUAUUUUGUUGCAUGAUUUUUUAAAAUGUGUGCGUAAUUAUUUCUACAAUUUCUCGUACUGAACUUCUAACAUGAGUGGGGCGGGUGUGGCUUCAAGACAAUGGUCUCAAGAGCAGCUGUUCACUGAUUUGACUGCUCCAACACAGUUUCACCUCCGACAUCAAAAACAUCCGCUAUGUGGGUGCCUGCUAUCACCAUUUAACACUUGAUCUGAUUGAAUCCAUGUCGUGUAAAGGGAAGACUUUAAAAACAUGGCAGAGUUUUUUGUGUGUUAUUUCUGUGUAUGCAAAUCUUCAGGCCUCUGGAAACGUUACUCAGCUAGCGAGCAUGGUUCACCAAAUCACCUUUGUUAUAGGUCUUCAGAUGCCUUCUGGCUGGGUGCUCUACCGCAAUCAAUAACAAUAACGUGCAAUACAUAGGGAUGUAGCCGUGUCACAGGGACGGCUGACGGGAUGUAAUUCUCUCUGGGGUCUGUUGCCGUGUCACAGGGACGGCUGACAGGAUGUAAUUCUCUCUGGGGUCUGUUGCCGUGUCACAGGGACGGCUGACAGGAUGUAAUUCUCUCUGGGGUCUGUUGCCGUGUCACAGGGACGGCUGACAGCUUGUAAUUCUCUCUGGGGUCUGUUGCUGUGUCACAGGGACGGCUGACAGGAUGUAAUUCUCUCUGGGGUCUGUUGCCGUGUCACAGGGACGGCUGACAGGAUGUAAUUCUCUCUGGGGUCUGUUGCCGUGUCACAGGGACGGCUGACAGGAUGUAAUUCUCUCUGGGGUCUGUUGCCGUGUCACAGGUACGGGUGAUGGGUUGUGUCAGCGUCUGAAUGCCCCCUGCAAAUCGAAGGCCCCCAUGCAGCCGUGGGCCCAGGACGAGUGGGAGAUCCCCAGAGACACGCUGAAAAUGGUCAGGAAGCUGGGAGCAGGACAGUUUGGAGAAGUCUGGAUGGGUACGAGAGAUGCUGAGGCAACGUUUGUGUUUGUUUGUGUUUAGCUUUGCAUUAACGUUCUUCCCACUUUUCUCCAAACGGUCAUCAGUCCGUUACAUAAGUCUGUCAUCAGUCCGUUACAUAAGUCUGUCAUCAGUCCGUUACAUGUCUGUCAUCAGUCCGUUACAUGUCUGUCAUCAGUCCGUUACAUGUCUGUCAUCAGUCCGUUACAUGUCUGUCAUCAGUCCGUUACAUGUCUGUCAUCAGUCCGUUACAUGUCUGUCAUCAGUCCGUUACAUAAGUCUGUCAUCAGUCCGUUACAUAAGUCUGUCAUCAGUCCGUUACAUAAGUCUGUCAUCAGUCCGUUACAUAAGUCUGUCAUCAGUCCGUUACAUAAGUCUGUCAUCAGUCCGUUACAUAAGUCUGUCAUCAGUCCGUUACAUAAGUCUGUCUCAUCAGUCCGUUACAUAAGUCUGUCAUCAUUCCGUUACAUAAGUCUGUCAUCAGUCCGUUACAUAGUCUGUCAUCAGUCCGUUACAUAAGUCUGUCCUCAGUCCGUUACUAAGUCUGUCAUCACCGUUACAUAGUCUGUCCAUCAGUCCUUACAUAAGUCUGUCAUCAGUCCGUUACAUAAGUCUGUCAUCAUCAGUCCGUUACAUAAGUCUGUCAUCAGUCCGUUACAUAAGUCUGUCAUCAGUCCGUUACAUAAGUCUGUCAUCAGUCCGUUCACAUAAGUCCUAUGACUCGGGGGUUCUUCCCGUAUUUCGUCCCUAUGGCCAGGUUACUAUAAGGGCUCCCAUAUUUCGUCCCUAUGGCCAGGUUACUAUAAGGGCUCCCAUAUUUCGUCCCAAUGGCCAGGUUACUAUAAGGGCUCCCAUAUUUCGUCCCUAUGGCCAGGUUACUAUAAGGGCUCCCAUAUUUCGUCCCAAUGGCCAGGUUACUAUAAGGGCUCCCUGUGUUUCGUCCCUAUGGCCAGGUUACUAUAAGUGCUCCCAUAUUUCGUCCCUAUGGCCAGGUUACUAUAAGGGCUCCUGUGUUUCGUCCCUAUGGCCAGGUUACUAUAAGGGCUCCCAUAUUUCGUCCCUAUGGCCAGGUUACUAUAAGGGCUCCCAUAUUUCGUCCCAAUGGCCAGGUUACUAUAAGGGCUCCCAUAUUUCGUCCCAAUGGCCAGGUUACUACAAGGGCAGUCAGAAGGUGGCGGUGAAGACCCUGAAGGAAGGGACCAUGGCGCCCGAGGCCUUCCUCCAGGAGGCUAACCUGAUGAAGCAGCUGCAACACGACAGACUGGUACGCCUCCACGCCGUCGUCACCAUGGAACCCAUCUACAUCGUCACAGAGUUCAUGAUCAAUGGUGAGAGAGAGAGAGAGCGAGAGGAGAAGAGAUAGAGAGAUAGAGAUAUAGAGAGAGAGAGAGAGAAGAGAGAGAGAGAGAGAGAGAGAGAGAGAGAGAGAGAGAGUCUGUGUGUUUUGACCAUGGAAUUACAUAUAGAGACAUUAGAGUGGACGUUGGUAUCCUAGCAACAUGACUAAAACGAUAGGUUGUUAUCGAUACACUGCAGAACGUUCGAUUUUGCCUGCUGGGGAGCAAGGAGAACCCCCUGCUCCUAUAAAGCCAUUGACAACUGUGUGCCGUUUUCAAGGGAUUAUCAAAUAAAUGUUACAACUAUUUGGUUUUAAUAAAGAUCAGAACUACUAAAACAACAGUCAGAACUACACACUUACGAUUAUUUCAUGCUAAACAAUUGCGCACAUUUAGCUCUAUCGUUACAGUUAUAAUAACCUAUCCAUUUGGUAUGUAGCUAGCUAGCUAAGCAAACAACUUGUGUCAUUUGGCUUGCUUCAUCGGAGAUUAUGCUUUUUUGGAAAGAAUUGACACUAGCCUAUUUUUACUGACAACUGUCAUCACUACUAUAGAUGGCAAGCAAAUCAAACAAUAUUUAGAUAUAGGCAUCUAGUUUAUCCCAUUGAACGUUAGCUAAUUAAAUACUAUUAAUGGCGUGAUCUGUCAUUAGCUAGCUAGCUAGCCAAUUUGACGUGGUCCAUCAAUCAAUGUAGCCUCUCAUGUCUGAUCAGCAGCAAUCACGAUUAAAACGCUCUAAAAAACAAUGUUGGAAAAGGGAUAACGUUAGCUAACCUAGGUAGCUCUGUUGGAAAAGGGAUAACGUUAGCUAACCUAGGUAGCUCUGUUGGAAAAGGGAUAACGUUAGCUAACGUAGGUAGCUAUGUUGGAAAAGGGAUAACGUUAGCUAACCUAGGUAGCUAUGUUGGAAAAGGGAUAACGUUAGCUAACCUAGGUAGCUAUGUUGGAAAAGGGAUAACGUUAGCUAACCUAGGUAGCUCUGUUGGAAAAGGGAUAACGUUAGCUGACCUAGGUAGCUCUGUUGGAAAAGGGAUAACGUUAGCUAACCUAGGUAGCUCUGUUGGAAAAGGGAUAACGUUAGCUAACCUAGGUAGCUAUGUUGGUUGGAGAAAAAAAAAAAGUACAUUACUUACCACCAAAUGUUUAGCCAACUGUACAACAUUUCUAGCUACCAGUAGAUUGCAAAGUAAACAUUCUCAGCUAACUUAGCCAACAUGCUACUUGACAGGCAGAGCCCACAAAGGCCUAAACCACUCAUAAGGUCAUACUUGUCAGGUACUUUAACUUUAUAUCACUUAAAUGCCCAAUUAAAUGGCGGCCAAUAUUAACGAGAUAUUAGCCGCCAAGAAAUCUGAUCAACUGAUCACGAAAAGCAUGCAACUCUGACGAUAGAGAUAAAUGUGUGCAAUAGUUUCGCAAGGAAGAAUCAGAAAUGAGUAGGUCUGACUAUGCUCUUCGAGAGGUGACGAUAUUACAACCAAAUAAUGGUAACAUUUAUUUUGUGGUCCUCUGUAGCUCAAUUGGUAGAGCAUGGCGCUUGUAACGCCCAGGGUAGUGGGUUCGAUCCCCGGGACCACCCAUACGUAAAAAUGUAUGCGCACGUGACUGUAAGUCGCUUUGGAUAAAAGCGUCUGCUAAAUGGCUUAUUAUUUGCAAUCCCUUGAAAACGGCAGUUGUCAAUGAUUUUAGUGGAGGUGGACGUCUCCUUGCCCCCCCCAGAAGGCAAAUGGAACGCAGCUUAUUGUUACGUUUUUAUUGAUAACGACCUAUUGCAAUUUAUUCCUGACCAAGAUGGCUACCAUUAUCGGCCACUCUAGUAAAUUAUAAGAUCUCAACGGGAAGGACACCGCUGUAUGCUUUAGGCGUUGCAGGAAAUGUUAUUAAGAAAAUGGGUUACACUUUCUUUUAUGGUCUUUCCAUUGGUAUUUAGCUGGUAUUAACCUGGUAUUUUUUUGUAGAAAUGUACAUUAUGUGGUAACAAUGGGUUAGGGUUUCUGCAUUCGGGUAACCUAGAUAGAUAGUACCUAGAUAUUUAUGUUACUGUGAAGUAAAGUGCUACAGUUCUAAUGGCUUUUUGGUGCUUCAUGUUUUCUCAUCUAUAGGAAGCCUGUUGGAUUUCCUAAAAACAGACGAGGGCAAGAAGUUGAAGCUCCCCAAGCUGAUAGACAUGUCAGCCCAGGUGGGACCUCACACAAGUCAUUCUUCUAAAUUGACUUCAUUGUAGGAGUCAAAUGUAAAAAAUUAAAAUAAAAAAUGCCCAGAAGAAAUUGAAAACGUGAUCUGGUAGAUUGUGUAUUCAGUGUUCUUCUCUAAGAUGUAUAUUAUAUUAUGUUUGGCAUUUGACCAGUAUCAUAUGCCAACUGCUAUUCGCCUAUAUUCAAUCUCCUAAAACCAUGUCUUGAUUUAAAAUGCUGAAAGAUGGCCAGCUCUUUGCCAAACAGUUGGCUGUUGGCAAUUUGAAGAGCUUCAAAUCCCUGAGCCGAAACGCUAGACAUGUAAACGCUUGUUUUCCUCUCUCUCUGAAUACCGUAUGCACUACUUAUCUUGUGUCCCAAAUGGCACCCUAUUUCUAUAUAGUGCACUACUUUUGACCAUAGCCCCUAUGGGCAGUGCACUAGGUAGGGGAUAAAGUGUCAUUUGGGAGGCAGCUACUGAGUUGUUCACCAGUAGAGGAAACUAAACUAAACAUUUCAAAGAACUCAACUAUUUAUAGUCCAUCGCACCACAGGUUUUAAAAGCAGGCUUCUUCUUCUUUUUUUUUUUUUUUUUGUUGCUGCACAAGCAUGUGGAAAGUGUCAGAUCUAGCUCGCUAGUGUGUAAAAUGAGGUGGUUCCUGCGGCGGGCUAAGAAGAGAUGGUUGUGUACUGCUGGGUCUUCCAGCCCCACCCUGCUGCCUCCAUCAUUAACAUCCGGACAGGAAGUCAAGUGAUUUUUUUUCUUCUUCCAGCCACCGUGGCAUGCGCCCCCCUGAGACCACACGUGUCACUUCCUUUGAGAGGACAUAUCCUGUCUAAACCCACUUUACUGUGUCAAGGGGUUGCGUUCCUAAUGGCAUCCUUUUUUUACUAUGUAGUGCGCUACUUUUGACCCUGGGCCCUGGUCAAAAGUAGUGCACUAUAUAAGGGAUAGGGUGCCAUUUUGGGACACACGUGACUGUGCCAGUAUCACCCUGUACCCCGAGGUCUUACCAGAAUGGAGUGAAGGAGCGUUGUGGGGAGAUACACUCUUAAGACUGCAUAGGAACAAAAUAAGUAACAGUGUUGAAAUGGUCUGACAUCCGGUGAUGCAUGUGUCAAGCCUACACGAGGCUCUGUGUUUUUAGCAAUCAUUUGGGUCAAUCAGAAUGAUUCUAUUUGAUCUAACUUAGAACUCAGCAAGCUUUUUGUAAAAAUGACUGUCUAGAAAUGUCUAACUGAUCUCUCUCUCUCUCUCUCUCUCUCUCUUUCUCUCUAUCUCUCUCUCUCUCUCCUCUCUCUCUCUCUCUCUCCUCUCUCUCCUCUCUCUCCUCUCUCUCUCUCUCCCUCUCUCUCUCUCUCUUUCUCUCUCAUAUACUAGAUAGCUGAAGGUAUGGCCUACAUUGAGAAGAAGAACUAUAUCCACAGAGACCUGCGAGCUGCCAACAUUCUGGUCAAUGAGACUCUCCACUGCAAAAUAGCAGACUUUGGCCUGGCCAGAAUCAUAGAAACCGAGUACACAGCACAGGAAGGUACGACUAUUAGGCAGCGUUUAUACAGGCAGCCCAAUUCUGAUCUUUUGGCCAAUUAUAGGCAAAGGAUCUGAUCUGAUUGGUCAAAAGACCAAUUACUGGCAAAAGAUCAGAAAUGGUCUGCCUGUGAAAAACAAAACUUUAGGCCAUAUUCCCUCUACGAGAUAUGAAGGAGAGGUGCCGGAUGGCGGAAGAGAAUUCUGCUUUUCAAUUCACAUCCUUGUCUUACCUUUCGUUGCAACGCGACGCUCUUCGUCCGCAGCUCAAAUUAACCGUAAAUAUCACAGUAGCCACUAGCCAGAAAGAACCACAAACUAUUAGACAAUGACAGAAACGUUUCUUCUGAAACAUAUUACAAUAGUGAAUAAUGCAACCAAACCAUAUUACACCGUUGAAUAAUACAGCAAUUUUAGCUUCAAGACAAAAGCACAGAGUUGCUAACGGCAUGUCUUCCUCAAGUAGCACUAGCCUUGAAUGAUUAACCCUCUCAUGCGAACAUAACAGUACAGUACGCCUACCUUAAACAUUACAACAAACCAGGCUUCAUUUUUAUCAAUCAUUACAUGUAGGAAAAGCAAAAUUGCGACUGAAAAAGUGGGUGUAAGUGAAUUCACCACAAUGGGCUGUUUUAUAUGGGAGCUCAUACCAACCAGCAAAAAAUUAAAAAUAAAAAAAGAUUUGCCAACAUGCACAAUUAGUCUGUGCUUCAGUCUGAUCAACUGAAGUCUACUGUUAACAACCACAGCUGCCGGUGAUCCCAUCUGAUCCCACCUGAUCCCAUCUUGAUCCCAUCUUGAUCCCAUCUGUAAACUCAGCGUCAUGUUUUUUAUGGCCUAAAAUAGGCCCAUUUAUUUGUGUUCUGAGAAAAUGUGAAUGUGAUCAAAUGUGGUUUUAUACUCACACUUCAGGUGGUUAGACUACCUGGGCCUUUUUAAUCCAAACUGAUUGACUGGAAUUAAUCAAUCAACACAAUAGUGAUGACAUACUGCCUGAGUAAAAUAAAUUACAGACCCUGCAACCCUGCAUACAGCUAGCUCAGCCCUGUUAGGUUUGGUCCAAUAGCAGUUGUUAUUUAUUUGUCAGUGUAAAGGGUUUUAAUGUUUUCAUCCUCCCUAGGGCCAGGAGUUUUUCCAGGAGUUAAAAAAACAACAACAUACGACCUGAUUAGAAAAAUUAUCUGGUCCCAUCAUAGCCCAUAUAAAACCGUUUUUUUUUACAGCUGAUUUUUUACUGCAAGCUCUCACAGUCAUCAUUCUAGAAUUAGAGGUACAUCCACCUUCUCUAAACGUCAAAUUUCGAAGUUGCUCUAAACGUCAGAUUUCGAAGUUGCUCCAAACGUCAGAUUUCGAAGUUGCUCCAAUCGUCAGAUUUCGAAGUUGCUCCAAUCGUCAGAUUUCGAAGUUGCUCCAAUCGUCAGAUUUCGAAGUUGCUCCAAACGUCAGAUUUCGAAGUGUUUUUGUUGCUCCUGCUGCUGCAUCGUCCCAUUUCUAAGUUAAGGGUCAUGUUUAGACACUCAUUCCGAAUGGUUAAAGGUUAAAAGUUAAGGGUUUACAUUUACAUUAUUUAGCAGACGCUCUUAUCCAGAGCGACUUACAGGAGCAAUUAGGGUUAAGUGCCUUGCUCAAGGGCACAUCGACAGAUUUUUCACCUAGUUGGCUCAGGGAUUAGAACCAGCGACCUUUCGGUUACUGGCACAACGCUCUUAACCACUAAGCUACCUGCCGGUUAAAGGGUAGGUAGCGUAAACGUAACCACGUGUAACAUAUGGAUUUGCAUUAGUAUAUGCAUGAAAAGUCCCUGUCGCACCUCACGUGCAAAGUUCCAGGUGGUAGGUGUUACACCUCACUUUUCUAUUACAUGAAGUCGAUCAAGAAUUCUGAAGAAUGCUGAAGUCAUGUGGAAAAUGUUUUUCCGGGGCGUGAUGUAAUAUGGAGGACCCUAUAAUGUAAACUCCAACUUGAAUAACUUCAAAUGCAUAACUUCAAACUAAACCAGAUCGUUUGCACUCAUGACUACUGGUUUCGAUAAAAUGUUUGGCCAACUUACAAAGCAAAUACAGAUCAACUUGCAUGGUUGCUAGCCAACUAGCCUGCUAAUGUUAGCCAACUAGCAUGCUAACGUUAGCCUUACUAGCCUGCUAAAGUUAUUUUAGCACUGAAUUAGUCAGCCAGUUGCUAUCAACAACUAGCUUACAGCUACAGUGAUUUCAGAAAGUAUUCAUACCCCUUGACUUAUGACACAUUUUGUUGUGUUACAGCCUGAGUAAAAAAAAAAAAAUGUAUCACCCAUAAUGACAAAGUGAAAACAUGUUUUUAGACAUUUUUGCAAAUUUUUUGAAAAUGAAAUACAGAUAUCUAAUUUAGGUAAGUAUUCACACCCUUGAGAACAGACAGGUAUACUACAGCACAGGAUCAGUGAGUUAGCCAGCUAACUUUGAUAAGCAACCAGAAAUAACUAUAGAUUUUCUGGUUCAUUAAGACAUCUAAACUUAGAUAUGUGUUUUUGGUUGUUGAGUCAAUUAGACCAUGCCCAUUUCAAGUUUAUCUUUCCCCAAAAUAAAAAGUUAUUUCAGUUAGCUGGCUAACUCAUCUAGCCUGCUUUGCAGUCUACCCCUUUGCUUAUCUCGAAACUAAAUUAAUCACUGAUGCAAUGAAGCUUAUCUGUGUUUCCGUUCUAAAUGUGUAUCAUUUUCCACUGUGAGAAAAUAACAUUAUUGCUUGUGUGGUAUCGAGUAAAAGUUGCUAGUCAUUGCUGAUAAACAAAGGAGUCCGCUCAUACUGAACCUUGAUCAUAAGUUUAUUCAUAUCACAACCUUUCAGCAUGAGUUACAGGUGUCAAGAUCACCCGGAGAGCAACGUCCCAGAUUGCAAUGGCUGCUCUAACCUCUUCUUCCUCCAGCAUAUACUUAUAAACAAUGCAAAAAUAUGGGUUGCUCCCUCUGCUGUCCAAUCACCUGUCUCCCCUGGGGCGUCACCCUACAAAUGGCUACUUUUGAACUAACAUAAACAUCCCCUCUGGUUCCAUUAAGAAAGUCAUAAUCUUAAUACACUACACUUGUGAUAUGGAUUGAUGAUUCAUUUAACACAGCAAAUUUCCUAAAUUCUCUCUCUCUCUCUCUCUCGCUCUUUCUCUCUCUCUCUCUCUCUCUCUCUCUCCUCUCGCUCUCUCUCGCUCUCUCUCUCAAUUCAAUUCAAUUUAAGGGCUUUAUUGGGAUGGGAAACAUAUGUUAACAUUGCCAAAGCAAGUGAAAUAUAUAAUAAACAAAAGUGAAAUAAACAAUAUCAAUUUAAUCAAUUUAAAAUUCAGGCUGUAACACAACAAAAUGUGGAAAAAGUCAAGGGGUGUGAAUACUUUCCGAAGUAAAUUAAACCAAAGUUUUGGAGAUACAUAACACCAUCUAACCAGUUAUCAAAUAAUGUUAGCUAUAUGCAGUUAUCCUAGCCAGCAAGCUAGCCAGCCAGCUAAUGUUAGCUAUUUAGCCAACUAGUUAUUAGCCUAGCCAGCCUAACCAACCACCAUGGUUACGGUCGGCAUGCUAGAGCCCAACUACUGGAGACCUGCUAGAACACAACUAACACAACACAACUAAAACAAAACCACAGAUCAAAAGAGCAGAGACUUACAGAUUGAUGGCUGCGGCCCAUCAGAUGGUCAGGGAAAAUCCAACAGCUAUAGUGAGAAAAAUCCUAAAUAGAUAGAUUCCAGAUGGCACCAAGCCUAGGUGGAAAAAGUUACAAAACUCCCUUAGCUUACUUCACAGAGAACGUGCCGAAAAGUUGACAAAACAAAAAGGAGAACAGACGAGGUUCUACAGAAUUAGAGCGAGCAGGUAGGAUUUUCUCUUUCAUUUUGAGCCCACGGGAAGAAGGCACCAGAGCCUGCUGUGCUAAUGGGUUCCCACUAGAUAACACAGCCACAGAGUCUGUGAAGUUUAGGCAUUCAUUCCAAAUGGUUAUGGUAAGGGUUAAGGUUUGGGACAGGGUUAAAAUAAAAAAUACAAAACCAGUGUCCACCACUGGGAUCAAACACGCAACCUUCUGAUGCAGAGUCAUGGGAAUAUGUUGAUCCACCAUCCCCGUCCACAAUGCCCUAAUAAAACCCUAGCCUACUUGAUGGUAAUUGGGGUCACUGUUGCCCCUAGUGGCCGGUUUUGAAGGCAUUUCCUGACGUCCUCAGGACAUGGAUAGACGUCCAAUUUCGACAUCAAUCUUGAACGACCUGCCUGGUCAUAUGCUACAAUAAGGGUCCGGAGUUGGUUAGGUUAGCCUACUACCAGAUCAAGAAAAACUCUGGGCCCCAGGAAAACAAUCCCCCCCCCCCCCCACACACACACACUCUGGGACCUGUGGUGCCACCUCUGAAAUCACCACACAAUGUUACAAAUGAAAGUACAUAUCCUAUUUGUAUGAUCUAAAUUGUACAUGUUUUUGGUGGUGGGAAUGAGCUUCCUUAGUUUCGCGUGGCUCAGUGCAGCCGGCAGCUACUAACGACAAUUUCAGAAUGUAACAGGCUGUGACUGCAAUUUCAGGUAAAAACGCAAUAAAACAAGUCUCAAAUAUUAGCAAAAUCUUCUAUACAUUUCCAUUUAUACUGUAGGAGUGUUGGCUCAAUGAGACAAUUAUGUUUAUGGUGCCCUGCUUCAAGGGGGGCAACUAUCGAGAUGUAGUAAGUACGUCAGUUUACAUUUCAGUAACAUGUGUAGCCUAGUGGUGGGAAGUAACACGGCUCUUAGUUUCCAAGACAACUAAUAACUUAGAUGACAACACUGGCCGGAAUUCAAUCCGAUCGCACUUUAUCAACAAUGUGCCAUUUAAAGGUAAUUUCCGGUUGAGCCGACGUACCGCAGCGUUUACCGUGACUGCGGUGUCGUGAAUGCAGGAACGUUGCCUUUAAAACAUUGUCAACAAAGCGCGAUCAGAUUGAAUCCCGGCCUUAGAGGAUAGCGUAGGUCAUUACUGGGAGGUGUAAGCAUUCUGGUUCAGAUAAAUAGUCACAGAAAUGGCACAAGAAAAAUGUAACUAAUUAGAUGCAAAUAGUCCAAAGUGUCUGACUGUAAACUGAUUGUUGUUGAUUGAGAACUAGUGAGAACAGACAGGUAUACUACAGCACAGGAUCAGUGAGUUAGCCAGCUAACUUUGAUAAGCAACCAGAAAUAACUAUAGAUGUUCUGGUUCAUUAAGACAUCUAAACUUAGAUAUGUGUUUUUGGUUGUUGAGUCAAUUAGACCGUGCCCAUUUCAAGUUGAUCUUUCCCCAAAAUAAAAAGUUAUUUCAGAAUAUUAGAAUAUUUAGGCAAGUUAGCUGGCUAACUAAUCUAUCCUGCUUUGUGGUCUACGCCUUUGCUUAUCUCAAAACUAAAAUUAAUCGCUGUUGAAGCUUAUCUGUGGUUCCGUUCUAAAUGUGUAUCAUUUUCCACUUUGAGAAAAUAAAAUUAUUGCUUAAGAUAUGGAUUGAUGAUUCAUUUAACACAGCACAUUUCCAAACUUCUCUCUCAUCCUCUCCUGCUCUUUUCUUCUCGACUAUUUCAUAUUAUUGCUCAACAAUUAAAUUUCAAUUAAGGGGCUGUAUAUAAAUUGAGGAAAAAGUAAAAAUGGUUUAAAAAAAAAGCCCAUUUAAUGUUUAAAACAAAUUUUUUUUUCAUGGGGAAAAAAAAAAAAGGUUUUUUUAAAAAGGGGGGAAAUAAAAAAAAUAAAGGGAAAAAAACCCCUUUUUUUUUUUUUCCCCCCUUUUCCUCCCCCCCCCCCCCCCCCCCCCCGCCCCCCCCCCUUUUUUUUUCCCCCCCCCCCCCCCCUUUUUUUUCCCCCCCCAAAAAAAAAAAAAGGGGGGGGUUUUCCCCCCCCCCCCCCCCCCCCCCCCCCCCCCCCCCCCCCCCCGGGGGGGCCCCCCCCCCCCCCCCCCCCGUUUUUUUUUUUUCUAAAAAACCCCCCAAAAAGGGGGGGGAAAGGGGGGGGAAAAAAAAAGGGGGGGGGGGGAAAAAAAAAAAAAAAAAAUUUUUUUGGGGGGGUUGGGAAAAAAAAAUUUUAAAAAAGGGGGAAAAAAAAAAAAAAAUAAAAAACCCCCCCCCCCCCCCCCCCCAAAAAAAAAAAAAAAACCCCCCCCCCAAAAAAAAAAAAAACCCCAAAAAAGGAAACCCCAAAAAAGAAAAAAAAAAAAACCCCGAAUUAAAAAAAAAAAACCCAAAAAAAAAAAAAAACCCCCCCCGAAAAAAAAAAAAAACAAAAAGGGGGGAAAAAAAACCCCCCCCCCCCCCCCCCAAAAAACCACAACCAAGGAAUCCCCCCCCCCCCCCCCCCCCUCUCUCUCUUAUCUCUCUCUCUCCUUCUCUCAAAACACACUCGGUGCAAUUUUUCCCAUUAAGUGGACAGCUCCGGAGGCUAUCAACUUUGGGACGUUCAGUAUAAAGUCAGACUUUGUCUUUGGGCACCUGGGGAGGAUAGCCCCCCCCCUUGGGAAGAAUUCCUAUCCA